UGCCACGCAGUCACCCACCGGACCACGGCACGGUGUCCACCUUCCGCCCAUCGAUCGUUGUUCGUUCGAUUGAUCGAUUCUUCUCCCGUCUCCGCCUCUCCGUUUUCAGAUCUCUCGCAAAAAUCCCCAUAGCCAUAGAGGCCUAGACCCUACCUGACUACUACCUCGCCAUGAUGGCCGCGGAGCCCUCGCCGGCGGCAGCCUCCGCCGUUGAAGACCUCGAAACUCUCCCCCUAGACUCUUCCUACUCCUCCGCCCCCGCCACUGAUCCACUCCUCCGCCCGCCUGCUUCCCCGUCCGCCGCCUCCGCCGCCGCUGGUGGGGACCACGACCCCUUCGUCAUCGACGACGACUUCCUCGUCGACGAGGAGGAUGACGACGACGUCGGGCCCCCUGCGCCCACCGCCAUCCCGCUGGUGGCCGCGGCGGCGCGGGCCCCGGAGUUCGCGCGGAUCGCCGUGUCCGAUCCGAAGAAGCACGCGGAGCCCACGUCGGGGGCCGCCGGCGUGAUCCCAGGCUCCGGGAGCUACUUCUCCUACCUCAUCACCACCCGCGUCGGGGAGGCCGAGGUCCGCGUGCGGCGGCGCUUCCGCGACGUGGUGGCCCUCGCGGACCGCCUCGCCGCGGCCCACCGCGGGCUCUUCAUCCCGGCACGCCCCGACAAGAGCGUCGUCGAGGGGCAGGUCAUGCAGCGCCACGACUUCGUGAACCAGCGGUGCAGCGCGCUCCAGCGCUACCUCCGCCGCCUCGCCGCGCACCCCGUCGUCGGCCACAGCCCCGAUCUCCGCACGUUCCUCACCGAGCCUGGCGCCAUCCCUGCCUUUGAGGGCGAGCAGCCCCGGUACUGGACCACCACGCUGAGUUCUGCGGCUCCAUCGACUCCGGCAAAAGCUGGGAGAGACUUGUUUGGGAUGUUUAAGGGUCUGAAACAGACGGUGGUGAACGGGAUGGUUGCAACAAAGCCCCCACCGGUGGAGGAGGAGACUGACACUGAAUUCCUAGCACACAAGGCUAGGUUUCAGGAUUUACAGCAGCAGCUCACCACAACAUCUCAACAGGCGGAAGCAUUAGUUAAAGCUCGGGAUGAUCUUAGAACAACUACAGCUCAUUUGGGAAUGACAUUAAUUAAGCUAGCAAAAUUUGAAAGAGAGCAGGCAACAUGUAGUCCACAGAGAAGAAGAGCUGCUGAUAUCAAUAAUUUUGGAAGUUCUGUUGUCAAGUUCAGCAGAUCACAGGCGAAACUAAAUUCUGAAAUUGUGAAGCACUUGGGUAGUAUCCAUGAAUACUUGGAGAUGAUGAUAUCUGUUCAUCAUGCGUUUACUGAUCGUUCUAAUGCUUUACACCAUGUGCAAAGUCUGUCAGCAGAUCUAUUUUUCUUGCACACCAGGGCAGAAAAACUUGAAUCAGUAUCAUCUAGGAGUAGAAGUAUAGACCAGGAGUGGACAAGGCACCAGAAAUUAGGGGGAUUGAAAGAAACAAUAAGUGCAACAGAAGCAGCGAAAAGCCACGCACUUAAAGAAUAUGAAAAUAUUAAGGAGAACAAUACGAUUGAAAUUAAAAGAUUCGAUAAGGAUAGGCGUCGAGAUUUUGUGCAGAUGCUGAAGGGAUUUAUUGUAAAUCAGGUUUCAUAUUCAGACCAUUAUGCUAAUAUGUGGGCAAAGGUAGCAGACGAAACUAAAGUGUAUGCAAAAAGGAGCAACUGAUGCGGCUUGUGUAUAGCUAGUAGUAGGAUCUUGGUUUAUUUUGAUUUGCUGACUAUAACACUUGAUUCUCCCCAGUUUUGCCACCAUGCGGUUCAUUGUAUUGCUACAUUUGAGUUAGAGAGAGUUUGGGCGAAUGGGCUUCUCGGUGACAAUUGACAUACACGACAUAUUUUUCCCCUUAUUUUUUUUCUCAAAAAUCCAUUUCCCUCUUCUAGAAAUCUCUUGUGCAUUUUACGGUCCUACCUCGUGAAACUGAUGUAUCUGGUUUGAAUUUUGCCAUGGACGCAAUCCAUGGUAUAUACAACAGGCACUUUUUCA